AUGGUUCUCGCGGAAUCCCUGGAAUCUACCUUAAAACCUUUGAUAACUGAAUAUUUCAGUCCCAUAAUGUCGGAAGCAGUUGUUGGUUCGGCUCCUACAUCGGGAGGAGCCUCUGCAACCAGCGUUGCUGAAGAGCAACGCUCAGGCACAGUUGCUGGUUCAGGGUCAGGGACCGGAUCAGUUGGAUCCGAGGAAAAAGUCUAUGGUGGUUGUGAAGGUCCUGAUGCUAUGUAUGUUAAGUUGGUGUCCUCGGACGGACAUGAAUUUAUUGUAAAGAGGGAACAUGCUCUAACAUCUGGUACAAUUAAGGCAAUGCUGAGUGGACCUGGACAGUUUGCUGAAAAUGAGGCAAAUGAAGUCAACUUCAGAGAGAUUCCUUCCCAUGUGCUGCAAAAAGUUUGUAUGUACUUCACGUACAAGGUCCGUUACACAAACUCUUCAACAGAAAUACCAGAGUUCCCAAUUGCACCAGAAAUCGCCCUGGAAUUACUUAUGGCUGCUAACUUCCUCGACUGUUAA